GCGGAACUGCUUUGACCUGUGAGUGUUUACUUGCGCGAGCACGUACACACGAAAUGGAAUAUCCGUUAACUUGUGCCUGUAACUCUUUGUCACCUUGAUUCUGCGAAUGCAUUGAAAAUAAGCUGUUGAUGAUACUUUGCUAACUGCAAAACCUGCCACAAAGAGUGCGUUUUUACAGAGAGCGCUGCGUAGUUUCCAACAGACAUGCACAAGCACGCAGUUCUCCGGCAAGUUCGCCUCCUAUCGGAGGCUCGGCUAUCACGUGACUAUCGGCUGGAGGGAGCGUCGCUGAAAGCUCAUAGCUACUGUGUAGAAACAGCUGUUCGUCGUUCCGCAUCUACCAUGGCUGGGAGAACGGUGUCUCUUGACAACAUAAAUCCCCACCUCAUAACUAUGGAGUAUGCUGUUCGUGGUCCCAUAGUUAUUCGAGCAGGGGAAAUCGAAAAGGACCUUAAAGCGGGCAAGAAGUUCAACUUCACUGAAGUGAUACGAGCCAACAUAGGCGAUUGUCAUGCAAUGGGUCAAGUGCCAUUGACCUUCUUUCGCCAGGUUAUAGCAGCGUGUGCAAAACCUGACUUGAUGAAAGGGGACUUGUUUCCAGCUGAUGUCAAAUCAAGAGCUCAAAAUAUUCUGGAGGGCUGUGGAGGAAAAAGCGUAGGUGCCUACAGUGACAGUGCAGGCGUCGAAAUUAUUCGGAAACAUGUUGCCGAGUAUAUAAGCCAACGAGAUGGUGUGAAUGCAAAAUAUGAGGAUGUGCUCCUAUCAACUGGUGCCAGCGAGUCUGUUCGGUCUGUGCUGAAUUUGCUUAAUGUACAUAAAGAUGGAAAGCCAUCUGGAGUGAUGAUUCCAAUCCCCCAGUAUCCUCUUUACUCAGCAACCCUUGCGGAGUAUGGUGUACAUCAGAUAAAUUAUUAUUUGGAUGAAGAAAACGACUGGGCGUUGAGCAUCAAAGAACUUGAAAGAUCUCUCAAUGAAGCUAAAAAAGUUUGCAAUCCUCGUGGUCUGGUUGUAAUUAAUCCUGGAAACCCUACUGGGGCAGUCCUGACAGAGCAGAAUAUCAAAGAAGUUGUUGAGUUUGCUUAUAAGCACAAGCUUUUCCUUAUGGCUGAUGAGGUGUAUCAGCACAAUAUCUAUGCUGAGGGAGCUGCAUUCCACAGUUUUCGCAAGAUAAUGCACAACAUGGGUCCCCCUUACUCCGACAUGGAACUUGCUUCAUUUAUGUCUGCUUCAAAAGGCUACAUGGGAGAGUGUGGAUUGCGUGGUGGAUAUGUAGAGGUGAUAAAUCUUGAUCCAGCUGUAAAGCGUGUCCUGUUGAAGUCCGUUUCUGCCAAAUUGUGUUCCUCUGUUUUGGGCCAGUGUGCCAUGGACUGUGUUGUCAACCCUCCAAAGCCUGGUGAACCAUCAUAUGACUUGUUCAUCAAGGAGAAAACGGCAGUCCUGGACUCUCUGAAGAAAAGAGCACAGCUUGUUGCUGACACAUUCAAUUCAUUUGAAGGGUUUCGCUGCAACAGGGUAGCUGGAGCCAUGUAUGCAUUUCCAAAGUUCACACUACCCCAAAAAGCCAUUGAGGAGGCAAAGGCGGCUGGCCAGGCACCAGACUUCUUUUAUGUAAUGCAGCUGCUUGAGAACACUGGUGUGUGCGUUGUCCCUGGAAGUGGCUUCGGACAGGUGCCCGGCACAUACCAUUUUAGGACUACUAUAUUGCCUCCGUUGGAGAAGCUCCAGGCAAUGCUUUCACAUUUCAAGGACUUUCACCACAAGUUUAUGAACAAGUACAAAUGAGUGCUGCAUUCACAAGUGAGAUGUUUCCAUAGUCCUUGCACUGUAUUCAUUGGGGCUGCCGAAAAUUACCUAUACCACGUGCUUUCGCUCAGACUGUUAGACUAGCUUGAACACCAUGCGUCAUGAUCAGUGUUUAGAUGUCUGACCGUCAAUGGAUGAUAGUGGUAUGUGUCAGUAGUUUGUAUGUGGAUAGGACAUUGUUAAUUUUUAUUUUUGUCAUCAGUUUUAAGUGCUGUUAUGGUAGAUAUAAGUUGCUGAGCAUUUUUAUUUUUACUGCUUUUCAGAUGCUCCUUUUGUUGUUAUGCUAUAAAUAUUAUGACACAAUGUAUUAUGUUCAUGCAUGGUUGACAUCAAUAUCAUUGCUGCCUAUUUUGUGCCUAGAGAGUAGUAACUUGCAGGUUUGCCUUGACAGCUAUUAACAUUCUUGGACAGUGCAGCGAUAUAUUGCAUUGGUUCCUGUUGGAAAUAGUGCUAUACUUAAGUUCCCCUUGAUGGGAACCUUGUAAACCGGUCUAGUUUUGAACUUUUUUAUUAUUGUGAAAGUGUUUGCGAUAUGUUGUCUGUGUAAGUUAGCACUGUGAUGACUUCAACGCUGAUUUUGAGUAGCAAUAAACAUGCAACUCCUAAUUAAAGCAUGUUUACCACAGAAAUCCUCCGAAUAACACUGGAUUUUGAAGUAACAGAAUUUGAGUUCAUGAGGUUUUACUGUAUAGCACCAGCCACUGCUGCCAACCAGGCUUUGGACAAGCCAGAUAAUUAGCAGGGUCCUGCUAUGCUCACAAGAUGUCAGACACUUGAAUGUUUAUUUCGAAAGGGUUGUGUUGAAUGAACAAUAAUGCAAAAUAUCCUUGUGAUCACCUUUUACUGCAGUGUCACCUGUCGUGUGUGUGGUAAUUGUGCCAUACUUGCUUUCUUAUUUUGUGCAUUCAUUUGCAAUAACAUCAAAAAGAACACACACAGAUGAUUCAUAGUUAUGAACGGCGCAAGAAAACACACGGGACACAGAUGAAGAAAAACGACACACAGACACGAGUGCCGGGCUUGUUUGUGUGGUUUUUCUUCAUCUGUCUCUCGUGUGUUUUUUUGUGCCGCUCAUAACUACGAACCAACACUAACAUGCCUAUCUGUCAGUGCUAAUGAACACAGAGAUGAUCUUAUCAUGCACGUUAAAAUGCUCACUCAAUAACGCAAUGGUGCACAAAAAUUUAGUGUUGCACUCCAAGUCUGCCUCUACAGUUGCUGCUCAGCAAUGUUGGCUGUUACAGCAAAGAAGCCAGGGCCUUCACUUAAAUAAGCUCCUGCUGCAUCUUGGGAAACAGCAGUGGUACCUGACUGGCCAAGGCUGCCUCACUCAGGAGCGUAAUAAAUUCAAUAAAAUGUGCAGUGUGGUAACCUCAGCAUUGUUGAGUUUUUGUGAAACAAGAUGAACUAUCGGUGCAUAUUAUACCUGUACUUCGUUGCAUUUAUAUGUGCUCAAAGCAGGUGUGGAAGCAUGUCGGCAAACACUAAGUUCAGUUCCUUUCUGUGUUUGAGAAACACUUUUUCUUUUCUGUGUAGCUUUGAUUAAAAACAUGGUGAAGCGAGUUUUUUUUUUUUUUUUGCCAGCUGUCAUGUGCCUUUAGCCACUUUCACGUUUUUUCAAUUAUUGUAUGUGGGAUGUUUGUCUUGUAUGUUGUAAUCUCUGGUUAAUAAUUAUGAGCAAUAUUGGUAUCUGUGUAUAAAGUGUACGUUUAAGCAUAUGGACUGUAUUGUUAGCUUUACUGCAUGUACAAUAAAGGUAUCAUGUGAAA